AUGCCUGUUCGCUUCUGCACCUUAUUCGUUUCGCUCGAACGGCAGUGCUCAUUGCCUCUACACUCGCGAAACUUUUCAACCCUGUCAGUACCGGCAAUGACGACUGCUUCGACCUCAACCAACGACCACGCCGCGACGGCCCCGCAAUUGCCCCCGAUGCAACUCUCCGGCGCCCUAGACACGACGGCGUGUACCACUUACGAUGGCGCUUUGUUCCGAUGUCGUGUCUGUCACGACACCAACAAGUCAAGAUGAGUCUGAACUAUGGUGUGGGUCUCAACGCGCGGUUGGAGGCGGGUCUGGUCUUCGACGGUUGCCUGCCGCGCACGCAUUGGCUCGCAUUGGCAGGACGCGCGCUGUUCCUAUGUGCUCCUUAUCAGCGCUCGCUCCGAUGACGGCCUCGACCAUCGUCCGAGGCGCACAGUUGCCUUCGGAGAUGUUUGACCGCCACUCGGAGUCCGUUGCGAUGCGGACCUGUGACUCGAACUGGUACAUCAUGCGGAAGUACGACUUGAUGGUUCGUUCUUUGUGGUGGUCGGGAUUCAAGGUCUCGAAGAUAAAGGUUUUCGGACCCUUCGACCAUCAUCGUGGGCCCGGGCGAUGGAGCGCCCGGUGGACGAUCUCAUCCAGGCGCGUGGCCGCAUUCAAGCCAUGGAGGCCGCAACGCUGGGGGACGAGGAUUGGAAGCCGAUUCUUCCUCUCCUCAAACCUGUAGUGGUGCGCCUGCAGCGGUAGUCGUAACUUCGGUGGUUCCGCUCAGCGCUGCGGCUGCCGCGAGCGGCAGGCUGCACCAGCGUUCGUGAACACGCGUGUUCUUUCUGUAAAGGCCAGCACGAGGCUUAUACCCACGUCGGGUCCGCAUGACCCAGUUGGCGCGUCUGUAUCACCAUCCUUUCCCUCUUCUCGUGUCGUGCCGUCACUUCCGCCUCAUGUCCGCGUACGUGUAGAUGCCUGGUCCCGACGGGCCCUGUGCCCCUUUCUGAGGUCGUUACCUCUCAGGCAUCGCGUCGCGUGCCUCCGUUCUCUGGUUCAGGGGUCGAAUCCCCCGCCGUUCGCGCUUCCUCACGUCCGCGUACGUGUAGAUGCCCGGUCCCGACGGACCUGCUGGGUGUUGCCCCUUCCUGCGCAGCCGAGGGCUGACGUGCUGGAUUUGUAUUUCCAGACCCGCUAA